UCGACUUAUACUGAAAAGCAAGUGGACAAUCAAUAAAUUUGAAGAAAUCUUCACUAUCUUUCAGCCCAAUGUGCCUCUAAAGUUCCAAUGCUGGUUCUCUCAGGUUCUGAAGUUUCCAUAUGGUAAAAGGCCUAGCAAGUACUUGGGGCUGCGGAUGGAUUUUGGAGUAUCAAAUGCUGCACUAUUCCAAGAUUUAUCAAACAAGACUAAUAAACGUCUAAGCUCUUAGGAGUCCCGUCUCUUGUCCCAUUCGAGGAAAGAGGUAAUGCUUAAGUCGGUUGUUUUUUCCCUAUCGAAUUAUGUAGGUUCGCAUUUUAAACUGCCUGUAUCACUUCAUCAUCAAAUCAGAAUGGCAACUAGUAACUUCUUUUGGGGGAUGACUUGGAGAAACAGAAAAUUCAUUGGAUCUCUGGCUUUGUUUAUGCCAAUCGAAGGAGAGAGGGGGUCUUUGUUUUAGAGAUCUAGUUUUUGCAAACUAGAGCCCUUUUAUCGAAGGUUGCAUGGCGCCUAUGGAAUGAAGCAGAUUCGUUGUGGACACGGUUCAUGAAGUCAAUCUAUUUUCCCUAUCGAGAUUUUAUGGAAGCUUCAAUUGGGGCAAACCCAUCUUGGGCUUGGAGGAGCCUACUGGAAGGGUGUAAAGUUCUCAAACAAGGGCUGCUAUGGAGGGUUGGGACCAAUAUAUUCAUUAACAUCUGGUCUGAUAAUUGGCUACCUCUUUCACCAACGUACAAGCUACAAUAUCAACCAUGAGUCCCAUGUUCCUUAACAAAGGUGGAGGAAUUAAUCAAUCAGGAGAACCAAGGUUGGAAGAGGGACAAUAUUGAUCGAAUUUUUCACCCUAUUGAUGUUGCUGCAAUUCAUUAAGACCUAGUGGGGGUUAUUCCCAUCAGCAGACCAGCUUGUUUGGGGUGCAAAAAAGAAAGGUGCUUUUUCUGUUAAAAAUGCUUAUCAUCUUUUGUGCAAUAGGUGGACAAAGAAGGAGCUUGCAAAACCGUCGAUAGCUAGAUCAAAUGGUUGGCGAGAGAUACCAACUUCAAUAUGGAAGGCGAUUUGGAGCUUAAAUUCACUUCCAAAAAUUAAGAGCCUAUUGUGGAGGGGAUGUAGAGGGGGUCUAGCAUCGGCCAUGGCACUGACUCAACGCCAAAUCCUAGUUUAUUCUCUCUGUCAAACGUGCAGGAUGAGUAAUGAAUCCACUGAUCACGUUUUCUUGAAUUGCUCAUUUGGACACGCAAUUAGGUUUGACGGUGCCUUGACUUACCGCUUACCAGCUAUGGGAGAAUGGAAGCUUCACCAGUGGAUUAAAAAAUGGGGCUCUUUUGCAGGAUUGGGGAAGAACGUGGUGAAGGAUACUUCUACCUUGUGCUCCUUCACUUGCUGGUUUUUGUGGUGCACAAGAAAUAGGAAUGUUGGACCUCAGACCAGGUGAUUACGACAGCCCAAAAUGAAUGUAAUGAUUCGAGAAGGGCUUUUGGAGGCACUCUUUGAAGGGACAGAAAAGGUUAUUGCCGAGGGCGAUAAUAAAGAGGUGGCCUCUUACUUGCAGUCGGCUUCUUGAGAUACCCCUCUCUCUCUAUUAGACCCAUUUUCGAAGAACAUAUAUUUUCCUAUUUUGUUGAUUGUAAUUUUGCUAUAUUCCAAGGGCUGCGAAUACUGUAGUAGAUUUAUUUGCCAAGAGGUCCCUAUCUUUGACGAGUAAGACAAUUUGACCCAAUUCCAAUGGUGUGUUUCUGAUGGAUGGUCUCAGAUCACAUAAGUGUAAUCCGUUCUCCAUGAAUAUAUUAUCUUUCCAAAAAAAAAAAAAAAAAAAGACCUUUCAAUUUCUGGGAUGUCAAUACAGAAGUGUCCGAGUAAUCAACCAUUGUUUUUACCCCUUACACCAAAGCCACCGAGGCCUAUCCAUGGUUGAAUCGCACUUAGAAAAAUUCAUAAAAGGAACUCGUCAGUUUUUUUGGGGGAAUUUCAUUCUUUUCCCAGUUCAGUUCUUAAACAGCGGUAACUCAAGAAACCAGUGACCACCCAAAAGCGGAUAACAGUUCUUCAGCGGCCUCCUCUCUCCCCUCUUGAAUCCAUAGAAGCUGACUUGAGCGGAUGACCGAAGAGCCAAACUUGAGAUUGUAAUUGGUGAAAUCAGGUUCUGUUUAGCUAAUCAACAGUUGGAUAGGCAUGUGAGGCACAUUUAUAUAAAUAUACUGUUUAGGGCAUGGCUCUUGUUUCCUCCAAGUCCCUGAAUUGUCAAAAGCCUUUUGUCAUUGCUACAAAUCAGAAGGGAAGUCCAAGGUCAUGUUUUCUUAAAUCACCCAGGAAAGGAACAAGUUCCUGCAUUUGUCUGAAAACCUUAGAUUGUCUUCCAAUGAUUCCUCACCAAAGGCAAUUGGUCUUCAUUGCCAAUGGGUUGGAAGAGGAUUCAACUCAGAAGGCCUCACAAGAGGAGGAAGUGCAGAAUUUGGGGGUGCAAGCUGCACUAUGUACGCUGAGGUUCUACAAAAGGGAGAUCUCUCCAGUGUUGCCAAAUAGUUGCCGGUAUGUUCCGACUUGCAGUGAAUAUUCCAUGGAAGCAUACAAGAGAUACGGAGUAGUAAAGGGAACAAUCUUGACGGCUUGGCGUCUCUGUCGUUGCAACCCCCUUGGUGGGUCUGGGUUUGAUCCUCCACGAUGGUUUGAUGAGAGAAGCCCACCAGAACAAUGAGAGUUUUUUCGAAAUCUUGACAUUUUGAAUUUGUUCAUUGGCUGAUUAACUUUGUUUGAUCCCUUUACUGUAAGGACUCCGGUGUUGAUCAGAUUGCAGCCCAAUCACACUAUCUCCUUAUCUGAAUUCUUAGUUUGGAACUGUUGCUGCCGAGAAUCUGUACAAUCUUGAACGUCGGUCCUGCAAUAACACAGAAGACAGAGAGGCCAGGAGGUGGCUCCGGGAUUAAUCUUCCAACACCCAAGUUAGAUACCUGUGCAACAGUAUUCUGAUAGCAAUGGCAAGUGAGUUGAACUUUCCUGUAGCUACCCUCUUGAUACUCUCUUAUAGGAUCGGAUCCCGUAGAGUCCUAUUAGGAAACGUCCGUCUGCUUCUGAUGAACUUGGGGCGGUUUGGUAGGACUCCAUCCUGCACGUUUUCCUCCUCUUAUGGGGAAUAUUUCUUUUUUAGGUAUUAGUCCUAUUACGAUUCUAUUACUGGAAGAGGACUCAAGUCUCCUUUUUAUCCCGGUAUCCGAAAUCUUGGGCUUCCUGAGGUGUUCAAACUCCUUCUGUAUUUAGAUACAUAACUGGAUGCCACAUGUCCAUAUCUCGUUGGCGGUCAAUUGGUGCGUAUCAGGAACCACGGGGCCAAUUCAUGAAGAUAAGGCCGAGCUUCUUGGGUCAGCGUUAGUCAUCAUCUAAUUUUUAAGUUUGAUACACACACAGUACCACAUCUUCAAGGUUGAACAAUUUUAUUACUUGAUACAUCCACAUAACAAAAUUAUUUUACCUUGGGAAAAACUCUACUCCAAAAAUACAGUUAUAAGGACAACAUUCACCUAUUAUGAUGUAGGCUGUUCUUUAUUUUUUUGUUUUUUUGUUAAUGAGUUUAGAUGCUAACAGGUGAUACUGGACAUGCAAAUGAUCAAAUGCCAUUCCCAGUCAAGAUGAGCAGUACACUAAGAGAGGAUUAUGGCUCUUUAUUAUUAUUUACUGAAAAACAUACGAUGAUCAUCUGUCAGUAUUCAGUAAGAUUUCAAUUUGUAUAUCCUGACCUUAAGCCUGCUACAAACAUAUCAAAAUUGCCCAGAACUCCACGCUGUAUGUGCCAUAACCAUCAUGUAUCAGUUGACAUUUAAAACAGAUUUCUUCAGUCAGUGGUUGUUAUAUAUAUCAGUACUCUGUAAGGAUGAGGAGGAACCAGAGUGAUGUAUCCAUGUUGGAUCGGUGCUCUGUAAGAAUGAGGGAGGAGGAACCGCAGUUAGUGAUGUGUUAUAGUUUCAAUUCCUUCGACAUGGGGAAUUGGACAUUGAAAAAAAUAAAUAAAUAAGAGUGACAUAUCUGCAUGACAUUGAUCCAGUCACCUGAUUCAGCAUAUAAAUGAAGCAAUUGUGCCCAGUUGUAUUUCC